AUGUACAUCAAGCAGGUUAUUAUUGAGGGUUUCAAGAGCUACAGAGAACAGAUUGCCACUGAGUCUUUCAGUCCAAAAGUUAAUUGUGUUGUUGGAGCUAAUGGAUCUGGCAAAUCAAACUUCUUUCAUGCGAUUCGUUUUGUACUAAGUGAUCUCUUUCAGAACCUGAGGAGUGAAGAUAGACAUGCACUUCUUCAUGAAGGUGCCGGGCAUCAAGUCUUAUCUGCUUUUGUGGAGAUUGUCUUUGACAAUUCUGAUAACCGCAUUCCGGUGGACAAAGAGGAAGUGCGUCUGCGUAGAACCAUCGGCGCGAAGAAGGAUGAGUAUUUCUUGGAUGGGAAGCAUAUUACGAAAACAGAAGUCAUGAACUUAUUGGAAAGUGCUGGAUUUUCUCGUUCAAACCCAUACUAUGUUGUGCAGCAAGGGAAGAUUGCAUCCUUGACGUUGAUGAAAGAUGCUGAGAGGCUGGAUUUAUUGAAGGAAAUUGGUGGCACAAGAGUUUAUGAGGAGAGACGACGUGAAAGUUUGAAAAUCAUGCAAGAAACUGGAAAUAAGAGGAAGCAAAUUAUCCAAGUUGUCCAAUAUUUGGAUGAAAGGUUAAAGGAAUUGGAUGAAGAGAAAGAGGAACUGAGGAAAUAUCAGCAGCUUGAUAAGCAGCGUAAAUCUUUGGAAUACACCAUUUAUGACAAGGAACUUCAUGAUGCUAGGCAAAAGUUGGCGGAGAUAGAUGAAGCUCGUGCGAAGGUCUCUGAAAAGUCAACGGAGAUGUACAAUACUGUGCUCGAGGCACUUGAGAGGACCAAAGAGCUUGACGAGACAUCAAAAGAUAUAGCUAAGGAAGUGCAAGGCUUAAAUAAAGAAAAAGAAGCUAUAGAAAAGCAAAGAACUGAAGCUAUGAAAAGGCAAACUGAGCUUGAGCUUGAUGUCAAAGAGUUACAGGAUAAAAUCACCAGGAAUAUCAAAUCCGAGGACAAAGCAAGGAAACAGCUUGAAAUAUUACAAAGGGAGAUUCAGGAUUCAAUGGAGGAGCUUGAAAAAAUUAGUCCUCUGUAUGAACGUCAAGUUGCAAUUGAAAAUGAGAUAACUAAAGGAAUUAUGGAGCGUGAAAAACAGCUGAGCAUUCUUUACCAGAAGCAAGGUCGUGCCACACAGUUUUCAAGUAAGGAGGCCCGAGACAAAUGGCUUCUAAAGGAAAUCGAUGAUCUUGAACGAGUUCUUUCUUCAAAUAUAGCACAGAAGCAAAAAGUUCAGAAUGAGAUUCAUCAGCUAGAUAAUCAGUUGAAGGAACAAGAGGCUUACAUUGAGGGCCGUCGAAAGGAUAUAGCGGCUCUGGAAUUCGGCAUUUCUGAAUCAAGUGAACGGUUUGCUCGUCUCAGGGCUGAGAGGGAUGAAUGGCAGGGGCAACGGAAGUCAUUAUGGGCCAAAGAAAGCGAACUUUCUGCAGAAAUUAAUAAGAAGCAAGCAAUUGUUGAGAGGGCUGAAAGGAAUCUUGAUCAUGCAACACCGGGAGAUGUUAGGAGGGGUCUCAAUUCUGUUAGGAAAAUCUGCAGAGAGUACGAUAUACCUGGGGUUUUCGGCCCUAUUAUUGAGCUGCUUGAUUGUGAUGAAAAGUUUUACACUGCCAUUGAAGUUACUGCUGGGAACAGCUUAUUCCACGUGGUGGUUGAGAAUGAUGACAUUUCCACCCAGAUUAUCAAGCACCUCAACUCCUUAAAAGGCGGACGGGUCACUUUCAUACCAUUGAACAGGGUCAAGGCUCCACAUGUAACUUAUCCCAAGAGUUCAGAUGUUGUACCUCUGCUUAAAAGAUUGAAAUUCUCACCCAACUAUACUCCUGCAUUUGCACAGGUUUUCGCCAGAACAGUGGUUUGCAAAGAUCUGGAUGUCGCCACUAGGGUUGCUCGCUCUGAUGGUCUUGAUUGUAUAACUAUGGAAGGUGAUCAAGUCAGCAAGAAAGGUGGCAUGACGGGAGGAUUUUAUGAUUACAGACGCUCAAGGUUGAAGUUUAUGAAUGAUAUUAAGCAAAAUACUCAAAUAAUCAACAUGAAAAACACGGAAUUGGAAGUUGUUCGUAAACAGCUGCAAAAGAUAGACCAGACGAUCACAGAACGAAUUGCGGAGCAGCAGAAGAUUGAGGCUGAGCAGGCUCAUGGCAAGUCAGAACUGGAACAGGUUCGGCAGGAUAUUGCAAAUGCUGAUAAGCAGAAACAGUCGAUUUUGAGGGCUAGAGCUAAGAAGGAGAAGUCACUUGCAGAUAUUCAAAAUCAGAUUGAUCAGCUUGAGGCCAGCAUUAAAAUGAAACGAGAUGAGAUGGACACUGAGUUGAUUGAUCACCUGACCCCUGAAGAAAAAGAACUUCUGUCGCGGCUCAACCCAGAAAUAACAGAUUUGAAAGAGAGGCUUAUUGCCUGCAAGACUGACCGCAUGGAUGCGGAAACGAGAAAAGCGGAGCUUGAGACUAACCUAACAACUAACCUUUCGAGGCGGAAGCAAGAGUUGGAGGCCACUGUAUCUUCUUCAGAGGUUGACGUGCUACAAAGUGAACUUGAUACAAAGAUGCAGGAACUUGAAGAAGUAAGAGAAUCUGUUGAGAAAGUGGCAGAGGAAGUGAAAUGUGUUGGUCAAGUUAUUGAGGAGAAAAACAAAGAACUCAAGCGGCAGAAAGACGAAAUCAAUAGGUUUAAGAACUUAGAAGACAACUAUCAGAGAACACUUCAAGAUGAAGCUAAAGAACUCGAUCAACUCGUCAGCCGGAAAAAUUCUAUUCUUGCCAGACAGGAAGAAUUCUCACAGAAAAUCAGGAACUUGGGCCCGUUAUCAUCUGAUGCUUUUGAAAUGUAUAAGAGGAGGAGCAUCAAGGAAUUGCAGAAAAUGUUGCACAGGUGCAACGAGCAACUUCAACAGUUCAGUCAUGUAAACAAGAAAGCACUUGAUCAAUACGUAAAUUUCACUGAGCAGAGGGAGGAGCUCCAGAAGAGACAAGCUGAACUAGAUGCAGGGGAUGAAAAAAUUAAGGAGCUCAUAUCUGUAUUGGACCAACGGAAGGAUGAAUCAAUUGAGCGUACUUUUAAAGGUGUUGCGAGGCAUUUCCGAGAAGUUUUCUCUGAGCUUGUACAAGGCGGCCACGGCCAUCUGGUUAUGAUGAAGAAAAAGGAUGGUGAACCUGCUGACGAUGACGAUGAGGAUGGACCUCGAGAAGCGGAUAUGGAGGGAAGGGUUGAGAAAUACAUUGGUGUGAAAGUCAAGGUUUCUUUCACGGGGCAAGGAGAGACCCAAUCGAUGAAGCAAUUAUCUGGUGGUCAGAAAACUGUGGUGGCUCUGACGCUGAUAUUCGCUAUACAGAGAUGUGACCCUGCUCCAUUCUAUCUCUUCGAUGAGAUCGAUGCUGCACUAGACCCUCAGUACAGAACAGCUGUUGGAAAUAUGAUUCGCCGACUUGCAGACACGUCGAAUACCCAGUUCAUAACAACCACUUUCCGACCUGAGCUAGUUAAGGUUGCUGACCAGAUUUACGGGGUGACCCACAAGAACCGAGUGAGCCGUGUCAAUGUUGUUUCCAGGGAUGAUGCCUUGGACUUCAUUGAGCACGAUCAAUCCUAUAAUGCUGAAUAAGGUUGAGGUAGCAUUGGAUAAUCGGGUGCUUCAGGAUAUCCAUCUUGGUAUCAAAGUUUGCGCGACUGAUGAUCUAGGCUGUACGUGGAAUCUAACAGUUCGUGUUCCCGAGUACUUAUUGUCGAAUCAAUGGCUGUACAGUGUCGAUAAUACCUAUUAGGCUAUUACUGUAGAAAACGUACUAAUAUGCUAUAACAUUAUUGCUGCUUUGCCUUUCGUCUUGGAAACAGGAAAUGUUCGAACCCUCAACUUCCAUAUUCUCAGUUCUUUGGUUUCGGUAGUCUUGUAAGUCUCGACCCUCUUCUGGGAACAAAUACACCUAAAUUUCCGGGAGCCGUUACAAAA